AUGACAUCAUUACCAUCGAAAUCAUCAGCAGUGUCAGGCAAUAAUUCAUCUGGAACAUAUACUUGGAUACCUGAUUCGGCGGAUAACAGUUGUAUUGCUGGAAUACCAAUGCCACCCCAAAAUGCUAACAUCGAAGUGUCAACACCACGAGAUGAUCAGACGGCAGCUUGGGAAAAAGCACAGGAAGCCUUGAAAAAGGUUAACGUUUCAGCCACCUCCACCUCUUCGAACAUUUCAUCUAUGACAUCAUAUCAUUCUCAAACUCAACCUGAUAUACAUUCUCAAAUAAUGCAUUAUUAUCCAUGGAUGGAACAACAUAGUCUUGGAAUGUCACCAUUUUUACCUCGUUUACCACCGCCACCACCACCACCACCACCAUCGUCAUCAUCGUCAUCACUGACAUCAUCGUUACCACCACAACCAUCCCAAACUUAUGGUAUAACACAGGAAAAUUCGAUUUAUGUAGGAAUGAAUUAUGGUUUUACUCCAUCAGGAACACAUUUACAAUCAGCAAAUGUCAAUUAUCAUCCAGAUUUUAUGAACCCAUGGGCAUCGUCAAAUGUUACUGCUAAACCACGACAGUUUGGAUUUAAUGGGAACAGAUCAACACUAGUAUCAGGAUCAGGAAGAGGAGAAUAUGGCCGAAACAAUACCGCUCCACAGCAUCCCAUACGUUUUUCAAUUAAUCGUCCACGAGGACUUAACACUGCACCAGCUUUUCAUCAGAAUUCUCAAUCAUUUGGAUUGGAAUCGCCAACUAUACCGGAUCCUGUCAAGAGGUAUGUGGAACGUUCGUAUAUGGCAGUGGAAAAGAAGGAAGAUCGCGAUAAGUUAGAAGAAUAUUUCAAACAAAAACUUAAUCCUCUGUUAAUGUCUGGUGCUUAUAAAGCAGUUGACUGGGAUCGUGAGCCAUUGCCUUCCGAAGUGAACUUUGAGUUGAAAAUGGGUUGGACACCAGCUAGUCAACUAAAAAAAGGUUUAAAUGCAAUCACAGAAAUGGAGAAACGGUCACUGAAGAAGUCUAAACAUGAGAUGAGUCAUCGGAGAGAUUCACGAUCUCCUACGUUUCGUGAACAGUCUAAAAGGCGGGUGCCGUUCAGCCCUCGUGUUCGUCUUCCAUCCGAUGAAGAUAAUCCGGUUGAUGAGCAGCCAAAAUUCAAACAAACCGCUGCGCAGAAAAAAAAGAAGAAACAAAAAAAGAAUAGUGGAAAAUCUGGACGUUGGGCAGCUGAUGAACGAAGUAACGCGCAGCGUGAAGAACGUGCUAGACGUUUUGCUCGAGAUGAUGAAGCACGGCGGGCAAAAUUCACAGAGAUGCGUCGUCGUCUAGAUUGGUACAUUGAUCGGGAGGGUGAACAAGGGACCAGUGAUAACGUUGUUGGAACAUGUAUGGAUAUCGAAAAAUCUUACUUCCGUCUUACUUCGGCUCCAGAGCCAAGCACGGUACGACCACUGAAGAUACUGGAGAAAGCACUGAAAUUGGUGCAGCAGAAAUAUGCAACUAAUCGAGAUUAUACAUAUGCAAAUGAUCAGUUAAGAAGUAUCCGUCAAGAUUUGAUGAUUCAGUGCAUAAGGACCGAUUUUACUGUGAAUGUUUACGAGACAAAUGCACGAAUUGCACUGGAGCAGGGUGAUCGUGAAGAAUUUAACCAGUGUCAAAGCCAGUUGAAAUUAUUAUAUAAAGAAUUACCCGAUUCUCCAAAUUGUCAUGAAUUUACCUCUUAUCGACUACUAUAUUACAUAUCAGUUGCAAAUACUAUAGAUCAAACUACCUUGCUCAGUGAAUUGGAUGAAAAAGCACGAAAAGAUCCUUGUCUUUCAUUUUCGUUGAAAACUCGUGAAGCCUGGGCUCUUGGGAAUCAUGUAAAACUUUUUCGACUCUAUCAGGAAGCGCCGAGAAUGGCAUCAUACGUAAUGGAUUUAUUUUUGGAACGAGAGCGAAAGGCUGCAUUAAACGCUUGUCUUAAAUCAUUUCGGCCUACAAUAAAUAUAACAAUAUUAGCAUCAAGAUUGGGUCUGGAAGAACCAAAAUUAUGCGAAUGGUUGGCAACAUUUGGAAUAACCGUUGAUGAUGGUAAAAUUGAUUGUCGUACUUAUAGUAAUACAGUACUGGCAUAG